AUGUCGCCAAACACGUCCACGCAAGCCGAAGCGCCUUCCAGCCUCGCGCCUGGCUAUGCCUGUCUUGUUAAAAACUUUCAAGACCCUCCGCCUCUCAGGCCACCACUCUUGACGGAUGAGCUGUUCUCGAUAAACGAAGCCCUUAUAGGGGCCGGCGGAGGCGGUGAAGCUCCCUCGCCAUAUUCAGAUGGCCUCGAGGAUUCGGACGACCCCCUAGCCUUCACCCCAAAUUUCCCCAGUGUCCCGCCCAGGAUCUGGCCCGUCGGAUUCGAGUCUGAUGAUCUCAUAUCCAUGUACGAAGCUCGAAGCCAGCAAUCGGCUGUGUUCGACAUGCAAUCUUUAAACGCAUCGCUCCCAUCCCUCACGUUUUCAGCUGAGACUGUUACAACCGCCUCGAUACACUCCAUCGCAGCUACAUCGCCAGAUGCAAAAUCCGAGCCGACGGCAGCCAUCGAUGAAGCGCCGCAAAGCUCCGUACCUGCCCGCCGUUCCCGUGGUCUCCCUUGGCUCAUGGAGUUUGCCAAACAAGAGACAGAUCUAGCACGACUCAUUGAUGGCCCCGACUCCAAUCCAGUCGAAGCCGGGCAGUCGGAAUCGGGGGGAGCACAGUCCCAACAAGAAAUGAGCCAGCCAGCCAGAAAGAAGAGCAGGCACGAACAAAGCCGUACAGUCCGCGGCACCAACUGCCUCAAGAAAGAGACCAAUGGCCGAAAACGACAGGCGAAUAGCUCAAAUGGCAGCGACGAGGGGGAUGACGAUGGAAAUUCUGGUGACGAUGGAGAUACUGUGGCAAUUUCUGCGCCUGUGCAAGACUCCCGCCGGUUUGCGUGCCCCUUUGCCAAGUUGCCCCUUGGCUUCCUACAGAAGCAAUGCCGGGUGAAACUGAAGGAGAUAUCCCACGUCAAGUGUCAUAUUCGAACAGUGCACCCCAUGGCGAAAGAGAAACUCGAUGCGAUCAGCAAGCGUGUUGACAAGACCACAUCGCGUGAGGAUCAGUGGUACUCCAUCUACAGAACACUUUUCCCAGGUGAGCUAUUGUGCGAAACCCCAUACGUACAAAAGCAUGAGGAAGAGGUGUUCAUUUAUCUCAAAAUCUAUCUCCGGGGAGGUGGCCUUGAGCUUUUGCUCGAGUUCUGGAAGACGAAAUGGCCGGGCGACCAAGCUCUCACACCCAACCAGUUUUGCUCCCUCUGGGAACAAUGGGUUCCCGUUGCCUUCGGAGGUAACCAACAGGCGUCGACGCUGAGAGCGGUGUCUGCUAAUUCGGAGGCCAGCGUAGUUCAGGGGAACGGCACUCUCGAUCCUUUCGAUCUUUCUCAAAGCAUCAAUCUUCAUGGCCUGACUUAUCCAUCCACUGACCCGCAUAAUCUCCGGGCUCAACCCGAGACCGACCAUUGUGCAGCAUCUCUCAGCUUUUCUAUGAAUGCCGGCCAGAGCUUCAGCCCCCAAUCGUACACUCCUCAGAGCCCGGCUCCUCGACCCGGUAACGUAAACGAUCCCGAAGCUGAAUACACGGCAUCUCACGGCUUCCCCCCCGAUGUCGGCUACGGUUCCGACUUUCAGCCGAACAACUCGUCUUUUUUCGACUCGGCUGUUUGGCCCCAAUCCUCCGAACAACUGGGCAUGCUUAUGGGUUCUCGGAACCUAUCUGGCAGUGAUAUUGAGUGGCUUUCAUCACUCAACCCAUUCUCGUUGAUGGAUGACGAUAAUCACCUAGCUUGA